GCCGCUAGCGCGAUUAUGAAUCCCUUCCAUAUUAUUUUUGACGAGAACGAGCACCUUCAAGGUGUGAAAUUCGUUUCAAAUGAGCCUGUAUGGUCGAAAAAUAUGAAAAGGGGCAUCGUAUCCAUGCUUCAACUGGACUUAGUUAAUAUUAACAUUCAAACUCCCAUAAAACCACAUAGUUUCAUAACUCACGAGGAUACCAUUCAUGGCAACUGCGAAGUGGCUUAUAACGUACACCCAGUAGAUCAUACGCAUCCAGGAGCUAGCCACGAGUUUGUAGUCACAAAGAUUCACGAAGCAAAGAAAUGUACUGAUUUUGCUCAUCACGAGUUUAACUUCGUCGAGCUCGAGAAGUGUAGCGUACAAGAAGAGGAUGGAAUGACCACCGCUAGCAGACGUGUGUUUGUAAUAGAAAACCAAGGUAGUGAUAUCCUUAUAAAAAACGUGGUUGGUCAUUCAGUGAUCAACUACUUCCCAUGGAUGGCCUCGUCGGAAGCUCAUUAUCUUUUAACCAAGUAACUUGAGAACGAUCAAUUUUUAUUGCAGUUUCAAAUAUAACCAAUUUUACGAAUCAAACUAUGGUACUCGAAGAUGUUAGCCUCGUGUUUGGACCUUAUUCUGCGUUGCCUGUUGAGCGUCGUCUACGAUAAACCCAAGACUCUAUACAAUCCUCAGGCUGACGUAGACGUAACCCAUGGCCGACAUGUUGUUAAGAACGAUGAACUUGUUGUCAAAUUGAGAAAGAUGUUAGAUGAGGCUGCUGGGUAUUUGAAAGAAGACCAUGUCGACAAGAAGCAACCAGAAUGGAAACACGAUCAAACGAUAAAUAGAAUUUUACACGUUAUGAGAUAUAUGACUUAUGAAUCUCUGCAGCAAGUAUUCAGCGAAAUUCAGAAUAGUAAAGAUGUCAAAGAUGUAACCAUGAGAAAUAUUUUCCUCGGAGUACUGCCUAACGUAGGAACCUUAGCUACAUGCAUUUUCACGCGAAAUGUAGUUCGCACAAAGAGUGUUUCGAAUGGGACUGCCGUCAUGAUGCUUGGCAAUCUUCCGAUACACGUGAAAGUUCCUUCGAAGCAACUACUUUUAGAGAUGGAAGAACUCCUUAGCUUAGGCAAUUCCGUUUCCGCGGACGUUAGGGAAGCCGCCAUAUUCUGCUUCGCUACAUUGAUUCAUAAAACCGUUAUGAAUGAACCGGCCGAAGUUAUCGAACCUCACCUGAAUAAAUACCUGGAGCAUUUCAUGAAUCAUAUCAGAAAUGAACCAACGUAUCACAUGAAGAUAGUAUACAUGAUGGCUAUGAAAAAUGUACGUCUAAACCAUAUUGUCAAACUUCUGGAGCCUAUUAUUCGCGGUGAAGAAGUUAUUUCUGAAAAACCGCACAAUAUUCGCGUACAUGCUAUUUGGUGCAUCAAAAACGUAGUAGUCGAACAACAUCAUUAUGUUCACGACUUACUUUGGCCUGUUCUUACUGAUGUUAGCCUACCAACGGUGGUUAGAAUUGCGGCAUUUGACGUAUUGAUGAAUCAGUUGCCUCAUCUAGGGCGCCUUAUGAAUAUCUACUGGAUGAUGGUAUACGAGAAGAACGAAGAUCUCUACAAUUACUAUGUAGAUACCAUAAAAGGAUUUGCUAACUCGGUAGAACCUUGCUUGGCGAUAAUUCGGGAAAUGGCUAAGAAAAUAUUAAGGUUCAUCCGAAUAAGGGACGUUCCUGGUCCACUUUCAAAGAAAUUACACGUGGAUUAUUUCGAUAGGAAGUACGGAUACAGUGAAACUGUACAGGGAUCUUUAAUUGUAGAACAAUCAACUGGUUUACCGUACGUUGGCUCAUUCGAGUAUAGCAAAUCUGUUGCUUAUAAAUCUUCUAAUCGUCUAGGAAUCCAUUGGAAUGUAUAUGGAAUGGAUGAGAUCUCGAAGAAGGUUAAACAGGAAGUGUUCGGCACAGUUGUAAAAGUAAUUAAAAAUGAUAACGUGAAAAAUGUAUUAGCUCGAGCAGCUAAAGAUAUGCCUAAAGUUCAGGAUGUUAAUAUUAAUGUAAUUUUCACGGUGAAUAACAACGUCUUUUCGACAUUCCAUUGUACCAAGGAUAACUUUGUGGAAAUUCUUAACGCAUUGAAUCAAUGGAAGAAAUUAAUCACUCAGUAUAUGGAAAAUGUUAACUGGCAAACUGUCAUGUAUGAAAAUCAUUACGAAAUGCAUGUACCCACUGAUCUUGGUGUACCAACUAUCUUGGCUUCGAGAAUGCCUCUUAUGGUCUCCCUUAAAGGGAGCGUUUUCUUUUCCGAAGAUGAAAAUCUUUUAAAUUUCCAUCCAAAGAUCAAAUUUCAGAGUUUCUAUCGCGCUGAACAUGUAAUGUCCAUUUACAAUCCGAUCGUUGAUGUUUGGCACUCUAUCCGUAGAACAUUUUCCAUGGACGUUAGUACCCCUUGUGAAGUGAAUAUUGGUUAUAAUCAGAACACGAAGAGUGUCAAAGUUACAUUAUCAAGAUUGCCUCUUUCGGACUAUUCGGUCUUCAAAGUAUCGAUGUACGGUAAAAAUUAUGUCACCCUCACAGGUGAUGAGAAUGAUUUAUUGAAGGAGUUCUGUUCCACUUGUCAUCAUUAUGAAGUUGUUACCAAUUCCAUUAACUUAAAAACAUACGAAAAUAGCUUCGAUUCGAAAGACCUUGGAACUCGAUUUUCGAUACAAUAUCAUUGCGAUAAAGAUUCUACUCCUACUUCGACUGUCGGCGAAUGGUUGAAGACAUUCGUAGAUGAAUACAAGAACAGUAUGGGCUCUUCUAUAGUGCACAGUGUUAUGACAGUCCGUCAUAAAAUAAUGAACGACCUAAUUGCAGGCCAGGAGAAGAAUUGUUGGAUUAUGGUUAAAACUGAACCAAGUAUCAUUCAUCCUACUUCGACGAUCGACUUAUCUGGAAAAGUUAGCAUUCAGGACUUGGACGUCACUCAUCAUGAAAAGAUGCACUUUCUCAGCAGCAAGAGGAUCGAUAUUCGUGGAAAUGUGAACGUUAAAGCAGCCUCCAGUAGUGAAUCUGUUAGACAGUGGGAUAUGAAUGUUAAUGUUAUGCUGUCUCCAGGACACGUUAACAAUAGCAUGAAAGUUAUGAUUACUCGAACUUCACCAGAAGAGAAACAUCAAAAGAUAUGCAUUGAGGCACAAAAGGAAUAUCCGACGGUCACUACAGAUUUGAUGAAUGCCAAUGUUGGAAAGAAGGAAAUUAAUUCAAAAAUGACGAUUACCAUGGGUCAAACGGAAAAAGACAAGUGUGUACGCGAUGAAAUGGACGUUACAGUAACCAUAAAAGGCGAGGUGUCAGAAGAACAAGAGAAACAUAUCGCCUAUAACAGUGUGAGUGGUACGUGCGUUAAACAAACUCAGAAUCCCAUGUUCUAUGUAAAGGAUUCGCAUGUUCCUAAGACCUGGGAGUGCAUGCAAGAAGCUAUACUUCAUUCCACUAUGAUGAAGUACACCGUAAAUAUGGCACUAAGGAAGGUACCACUGCAACUGGUAUCGACCGUAAAUAUAAUUCAAGAUAUAUUGCGUGUUAUUGCUUACCCGAACAUAAAAUACUCUUGGACUCACGUAGAACCGAAAAACGCAAAGAUUAUAUGUGAAUUCCCAUAUUUGACACACGAUCUUAAUAUAGACGUUAUCACGCCAACGCAUAGUUAUCAAUUAGUUGGAUUACCACUUGGUAACCCACUUUGGAAUAUAUGGAUGGAUAAUACCCAUUACUCUUUGCAGAAUUUGUAUAAAUAUGUUAACGAACAUACCAAGAGCUGUACAGUCUACCUUCGAGUUCUGCAGACUUUCGAUAAUGGUACCAUUCCGUUCAUUGUACCAGAUAAGUGGACCUUGCUUUCUGGUGAUCACGUGUACCAAGAAUUUAGUGUCUUUGCGAAAUUAGUACAAAACAACGCAUUAGCUCUGAAAGUUUAUGUAGGUGGACAUGAACUAGAAGUCAUGCCUGUCAGUACAGGAGUGGUGGUCUCUGUGGAUAAUAAAGUUGUAGAUAAUUAUGGUAAGGGUGUUAUGAUACCUGAAAAUGAACCGGACUCCUAUGCUAUCAAAUUGACCGAAAAUUACGAGCAUAUAGUGGUUCAAUCCCAGUUGGUACCAAUUGAAAUUUAUUACUUACCACAAAGUGUGACAAUUGAUCUGGGCACUGUACUUCAAGGUCAUGUGACUGGAAUAUGUGGUCACAUGGAUGGCAUACAUAAAGUCGAAAUACCAAAAAUAUAUAGUGUAUCGCAUCUCUAA